GGAAAUGAAGAAAGACAAAAAGAGAAUAAGAGAGAGAAGAAAACAAAACAUGUUCCUGACCGUCCAGUUAACCCUUUCCACAUGUCUGGAGACGUGGAUUUCUUCUUGCUUAGAGACCAGGAGCGGAAUAAGGCUCGCUCAGAGCGGGAGCAGAAGAAAACCAUGCGGGUGCACGAAAAGAUGACGUACUCUUCCAAAGCACUGGCGAAGUGUACAAGCCUGCGGCGUGAGCUGCAGCUGGAGGAUGACGCAGAGGAACGUGAGGUGCGCGCUGAGGCGGAGCAGCUGCGCACCAUCCGAGACAACGUUGCCUGGAAGCUCGCUGUCACCAAAGAAAGGAGAGUGGCGUCGGAUAGCAUGAGCAAGUACAUCGACCAGAAGCGGCAGAUGUUCCUCAUCCAGUACGCCCUGGAGAUGAAGUGGAAUGAGAUCCAGCGGCUGGAGACACUGGCAGCCAGGGAGGAGGCCAAGCUGGAGCGGGCCGAGAAGUCCCUGGAGAAGGAUGUGGCCCUGUUUGAUGAGUUCCUCAGGGAGAAUGACCGCAGCUCAGUGCAGGCCCUGAGAGUGGCUGAGAAGGAGACCAAAGCGAAGAUAGAGAAGAUCUUUGAGAUCCAGGACCUCACCACCCAGAUCAUGAACAUCAAAAGCGAAAUCUCCAAGUUUGAAGACACUCUGCAGCAAUACAAAGUCUACAAGGAUUUCCUAUACAAACUGUCACCCAAGGAGUGGUUUGAGGAGCAGGAGAAGAAGCAGGCUCUCAAAAAGGCCAAGGAGAUGGCUGACACCCCCAAGGAGACCAGCCUGCCCUCUGCAACAGGAGACAAAGGACCAGGAAGCAGGAAUAAGAUGGCCUCCCCAUGGGCCAAAGAGGGGCAGGCCUCAAAGAAGGCUCCGAAGCUGCGCCAGGGGGCCCGGCUGGGGCCGACCCUGUCUAGCAGCAGCAGCCUCCAGGCGAGCAGCCAGCUCAGUGUGCCCAGCGGGCUGGAGUCCAAAGGCACUGGGGCCACGAGCUGCCUUGGCAUCAUGUCCAGGGUGCCCUUCGCCUCCUGCACCGUGGCCCCACCAAGGGUGAUGGUCAACCUCCGUGCCUACAAUGAGGGCCCUGCAGGAUUGCUGGUCCUGAGCUCUGGCCAUAGCCUCAGAGGGCUGGGGCUGCUGCCAGAGCACUCGCCUGCCCUGUGGAGUCUGGACCCUCUGGGGCCUGCCCUGAGGAAUGCCCACUCCAAGUUCCCGGAGCUCAUGCAGCCCCAGGCCGAAGGUCUUCCUUGCAGGGACGGGGGUCAGGAGCCACACUGGGAAUCAGGCGCAGCCGUUGGGUGCCUGUGUGCGAGGGAGCUAGGGCCUCGUCCCCGGGGCGCGGCCUUAGCCGCAGGACGCCGCAUUCCUGGGCAGAGACCCAGGCUGGGCAGGCGGCGAGAGGCGUCAUCAGGCCCAGGUGGGUCCUCAUCCAGCCGCCCUCUGGUCGCCUCCGCCUCACACCCCGGGUCCCUCAUUGGGCUAGCUCUGGACGCGGACGCCCCACAACCACCGCCCUCGCCGUCCACCAAGGACCAGCUGCCGCGGAUGGAUGGGGGCGCGGGCAGGCAGCCUCACCCACGGAGCCGCAGCGCGGGAACUGGAGAGGCAGAGGCGCUUUACCCAAUGCGGCAAGAAGCCGUUCUGGAAGCGGGGACGGGGUCGAGCUUCCUCCUGGCGCAGGAGGACCCGGACAGCGACAGUGAGGUCAGUGGGCCGGCGGGGGUGGGGGCGGGCCGGGGCGGGCCGGGCUGGCACCCAAGCUCAUCUGGGUCGCAGGAGCUGGAGUUGUACUUCACCGAGCCCCAGCAGCUCCUGGAGGUCUUCACCAAGCUGGAGGAGCAGAACCUCUCACUGAUCCAGAACACGCAGGAGAUGGAGGAGACUCUAGAGGAGCUGAGCUUCAACCUGAAGAACACCCAGAACCGCAUGGACCGGGAGGUCAACCAGCUGAAGCACUGGAUCAGCACGAUGAUGAUGUCCAUCGCCAAGGAAGAGGAGACAGCCGCCGAGCUGGAGCUCAAAUCCCGAGUCUUCCACUUUGGAGAGUACCAUGGCGCUCAGCAGGACAGGCUGCUGGAGAGCCUAAACAGCAAGGUGCUGGACGUGUACCGGCACUGCAUCGGCCCCCAGCAGGAGGCCAACUUGGGCACAGUGCAGAUGCUGACUGUCAUCGAACACCAGCUGGACGAGCUACUGGAGGGCCUGGAGCGCAUGCCCCCGUCCAAGAUCGAGCAGGCUGCGAAGGCCAAGGAGAAGGAGCGCUGCAUGAGGCUGCGGGAAGAGAAGGUCAUGAUACAGAAGCAGCUCCAGGAGGAGCGUCUGCAGCGAGCCCAGGCCCGGGCCCAGGCUGAGAUCAAGAAGAAAAAAGGCAGAAAAUUGGUGUGCCGCUCCCAGCCCCCAAUUCUCAAAACAAAGAUGGCGCCCAGCCACGCGCUUAUGGAUAAGGACAAAGAAGAGCAGCUCUUCUUCUUCACCUAACCUUCUCAGAGCCGUUUGGGGAGUG